CCCGGAGCCGCCCCCUCUCCUCCCCUCCCCUCCCGCGGCCGCCCCGCGCCCAGCCGGGCCAUGGAGCAGCACCUGCGGCGCCUGCGGCAGGAGCUGCUGUCCAUGAAGGAGGUGGGUGACGGGCUGCACGAGCAGAUGACCUGCAUGAUGGGCGCCCUGCAGGAGCUGAAGCUGCUGCAGGUGCAGACGGCCCUGGAGCACCUGGACAUCUCGGGGCGCCGCAGCCCCGCCGAGCAGCGCCGCUGCUGCCGGGGCGGCGCGGGGCCCGGCCGGGACCCGCUGCCGGGGGGGGCCCAGGGACGGUGCCCCCCGGCCCUGCCGUGUCCCCUGCCGCGGCCGGCCAGCUCGUCCCGGCCCGCUGCGCUCGCGGAGAGCGACCACCCUGGAGACACCCCCUGCUCCUCGCGCGGCCUCUGCGGGGACGGCCCGUGCCCCCCAAAAGGACCUUCCUCCGGCAGCACGGGGCACGGCCAGCCCCGCACGCCCGAGCCCAGCAGGCAGGGCACGGCUGGGGCAUGGCCGCCCUGCCGGGAGUGCCCGGGCUGUGACGAUGGCCACGACUGGACGUCGUCCCUGAUGUCGCAGAGCAGGAACCGGCAGCCGCUGGUGCUGGGGGACAACAUCUUCGCAGACUUGGUGGGCAACUGGCUGGACCUGCCCGAGCUGGAUAAGAAGGGGGAGAAGGGCGAGGCGUCCCUGUCCGUGAGCAGAUCCCAGGAGCUCUGCAGGAAGUUCUCCCUCACAGCCAACAUCUUCAAGAAGUUCCUGAGGAGCGUCCGGCCGGACCGCGACAGGCUGCUCAAGGAGAAGCCUUGCUGGCUCCCUCCCGAGGACAAACAGCCCCAGAUUUCCAAGAGGUCCAAAAAGAUCAACAAACUCAAGGGGACGUUCUACCUGCCCCUGCACGGGAACCUGCAGAGCCAUCACAGCAAAGCAGAGAGGUGCCCGAGGGCAGACAGCCGCAGCGAGCACCCCAAAAUGGGCACCAGGAAGGUCCCCGACCCCAGAGACUACAGCCCGGCGGGGUUUGACAUCAACACGGCCGUCUGGGUCUGAGCCCUGCCCUGGCCAGCACCCAGCACGAGCUGCAGGCCACGCUCACUGCUCAGGGGGCUCCUGAGCUCUCACAGGAUGAGAGGGUCCUGCAGAGCGUGCUGCGGGCUUCACUCGCCUGCUCAUGGAACUUUCUGGAGAGCUGCGGCUGCCUGAGCAGCAGCUCCACCUGGGGAGACCUUUGGGGGCCAAUACCGGCAAAAAUAAUGCGAAUCUUCAGCAGCUUUAGGGUGAGUGGUGCCACAGGUGAGCAGCUCCUGGUGCCAGGCCCGUUCCAUCAUCUCCAGCUCGAUGGUGCAGCACAAAGUCCAUGGUGUGCAUGUGUGUGUAUGAGUGUGCAAAUAUAUAUAUAUAUAUAUAGUUUUGUUAAAAAAUUCUAUUCCUGCUUGUGUGCACUUGAAACUGGGUUACAAACCAGGCAUCCCAAGCCUUGUACCUGAAGCACUUGUUAUUUAAAUGGAAAGAAAUAAGUUUGAAUUUAUAAGACUUGAACAAUUGCUGAGGGGGGGAGCAAACCCCCAACUUUGGGGGGUUUCCCCUUAAACUGUAUGCCUGGUGCUCCCCCAGCAUCUCUCCCUCCCCUGCCAGUCAAACCAGUGGGGCACAAGGCUCCUUGCAGGGGGUCUGUGACCUGGGGGUCUCGGGGGGUUUGCCCUCUCCCCUUGUCCCUGUGGAUCACUCCAGGUACAACACUGCUGAAGUUUCCUGUUGGAUUUUCACCCAGAAGCAAAGUUCAGUCCCCGUUUCCCGUCGUGUUCCCUUUGCUGUUGUACAAACCCCGCUUUGACAGAACCAAGUUCUGCGGUGUCCGGCUCUCCAAGAGUUUGCAAUAAAGUGGGAUUGUCUC